UCCAUCUGCUCGAUGAUUGACAAUAAUGGCGACGCGUUUAUAGUGAAUUUACUUCUGCAAGCCAUUUGACAAAAAUAAAAACAUUUCAGACAGAAAUCCAAUACAUAGGAUAAACGUAUUUACGAAUGAAACAAUUAUCCCAACAAAAAGGACACAUCUACGCUAGCUGUUUAACGUUAAGUUGUGGAGGUGGCAUUCUUGCAGAGGCACAAGCUAGCUAGCUAACUAAAUAGCUAGCUAGCUAACAACGGUCUACCAUUUCGUGACGAUGUGGCUACUUUACACGCUCUUGGGUGACAAUUUAUUGUGCUCUUGGGACGAAAAGCACAUGAAAGGGGAUACUGAAACAUACCAGUUAUUUCCGUAACAUUGCAGACGAACAGCUGUGGAGUGGAAAGUGCGUGCCAUUCAACAGCUUACUUUGGCAGCUAACGUUAGCCAGUUGCUAACUGGCUAAGCUAGUUAGCUAACAGUUAACGUUAGUGAGUUAGCUUGGCUUUGAAUUCCACUACAUCGUGUUGUUGUUUUAUCGAGCAAGUUAGCUAAACGUUUGUUACGUUCACACUACGAUACAUUUGACUAGCAAUGUAUAUUUGCCUUUGCAACUAACUGUUGGCUUGUGUCUGCUAUCUUGUUUUGGAACUUUACAGCAAGCAGGCUAGCCUAGGUAACGUAACGGGUAACGUUAGUGUUCUAGCGUUACUUACAAGCUAACAAUAUAUUGCUAACUUGUGUUUUUCUGCACAACAGAACGGUUUUGCUUUUCAAAAUUAUCCUGCUAACACACAGGUAGUUAGCUAGUUAGCAUAUUCUGCUAGUUGGCUAUAUAUUUUUUGUGUUACGUUAUUUGCGAGACCUUUUCGUAAAUGACUACUGGCAGGAAUAACCGUGUGAUGAUGGAAGGAGUUGGUGCGAGAGUGAUCCGUGGACCCGAUUGGAAAUGGGGAAAACAGGAUGGUGGAGAGGGACAUGUCGGCACUGUCAGGAGUUUCGAAAGUCCGGAAGAAGUGGUUGUUGUCUGGGAUAACGGGACUGCGGCCAACUACCGGUGCUCUGGUGCAUACGACGUGAGGAUAUUUGACAGUGCUCCCACAGGUAUCAAGCAUGACGGUACCAUGUGUGACACCUGCCGUCAGCAGCCUAUUAUCGGUAUCCGCUGGAAGUGUGCCGAGUGCACCAACUAUGACCUCUGUACCACCUGUUACCAUGGAGACAAGCACCACCUGCGACACCGCUUCUACAGGAUCACCACCCCUGGUAGCGAGAGAGUCCUGUUGGAGUCUCGCCGCAAGUCGAAGAAGAUCACAGCCCGAGGCAUCUACACAGGUGGCCGGGUGGUGAGGGGAGUGGACUGGCAGUGGGAGGACCAGGAUGGAGGCAACGGCAGGAGAGGAAAGGUGACAGAGAUCCAGGACUGGAGUGCAGCCAGCCCCCACAGUGCAGCCUACGUCCUCUGGGACAACGGGGCCAAGAACCUCUACAGAGUGGGCUUCGAGGGGAUGUCGGAUUUGAAAUGUGUCCAGGAUGCCAAAGGAGGCUCUUUCUACAGAGACCACUGCCCUGUUCUAGGUGAGCAGAAUGGCAACAGGAACCCAGGCGGUCUGCAGAUUGGAGACCUGGUCAACAUCGACCUGGACCUGGAGAUAGUCCAGUCCUUGCAGCACGGCCACGGAGGCUGGACAGACGGCAUGUUCGAGACCCUCACCACCACUGGUACCGUGUGUGGAAUCGACGAGGACCACGACAUUGUGGUGCAGUACCCCAGUGGGAACAGGUGGACGUUCAACCCUGCGGUGCUGACCAAGGCCAACGUUGUGCGUAGUGGGGAAGGUGUUGCGGCAGGGGCGGAGGGCGGCAGCUCCCAGUUCCUGGUAGGAGACCUGGUCCAGAUCUGCUACGACAUCGACCGCAUUAAGCUGCUGCAGAGAGGACACGGGGAGUGGGCCGAGGCAAUGCUGCCUACCCUGGGCAAGGUGGGCCGCGUGCAGCAGAUCUACUCCGACAGCGACCUGAAGGUGGAGGUGUGCGGAACGUCAUGGACCUACAACCCCGCUGCCGUCACCAAAGUGGCCCCCGCUGGCUCCGCUGUUUCCAACGCCUCCGGAGAGCGUCUUUCUCAGCUGCUGAAGAAGCUGUUUGAGACCCAGGAGUCUGGUGACAUCAAUGAGGAGCUGGUCAAAGCAGCAGCCAAUGGCGACCUGGCCAAGGUGGAGGACAUCCUCAAGAGACCUGACGUGGACGUGAAUGGUCAGUGUGCUGGACACACAGCCAUGCAGGCGGCCAGUCAGAACGGACACGUGGACGUCCUCAAGCUGCUGCUGAAACACAACGUGGACCUGGAGGCUGAGGACAAGGAUGGAGACCGGGCGGUGCACCACGCGUCCUUCGGAGACGAGGGGUCUGUGAUCGAAGUGCUGCAGAGGGGUGGGGCCGACCUGAACGCCAGGAACAAGCGCAGACAGACCCCCCUGCACAUCGCUGUCAACAAGGGCCAUCUGCAGGUGGUCAAGACCCUGCUGGACUUUGGCUGCCAUCCCAGCCUCCAGGACUCGGAGGGUGACACGCCCCUACAUGAUGCCAUCAGUAAGAAGAGAGACGACAUGCUGUCUGUGCUGCUGGAGGCGGGAGCAGAUGUCACCAUCACCAACAACAACGGUUUCAACGCCCUGCACCACGCUGCCCUCCGAGGGAACCCCAGUGCCAUGCGUGUGUUGCUGUCCAAGCUGCCGCGGCCCUGGAUUGUUGACGAGAAGAAGGACGAUGGUUACACCGCCCUGCAUCUGGCCGCACUCAACAACCACGUAGAGGUGGCCGAGUUGCUGGUGCACCAGGGCAGUGCCAGCCUGGACAUCCAGAACGUAAACCAGCAGACGGCCCUGCACCUGGCCGUGGAGAGACAGCACACACAGAUAGUCAGGCUACUGGUGCGAGCGGAGGCCAAGCUGGACGUGCAGGACAAGGACGGGGACACUCCUCUCCACGAGGCGCUGCGUCACCACACACUGUCCCAGCUCCGCCAGCUGCAGGACAUGCAGGACGUCAGCAAGGUGGAGCCCUGGGAACCAUCCAAAAACACGCUGAUCAUGGGUCUGGGCACCCAGGGAGCAGAGAAGAAGAGUGCAGCGUCCAUCGCCUGCUUCCUCGCGGCUAACGGAGCAGACCUUACCAUCCGCAACAAGAAGGGCCAGUCUCCUCUGGACCUCUGCCCCGACCCCAGCCUCUGUAAGGCCCUGGCCAAGUGCCACAAGGAAAAGACCAGUGGCCAGGUGGGUUCUCGCAGCCCGUCUCUGAACAGUAACAGUGAGACCCUGGAGGAGUGUAUGGUGUGUUCUGACAUGAAGAGAGACACCCUGUUCGGACCCUGUGGACACAUCGCCACCUGCUCUCUCUGCUCCCCACGCGUCAAGAAGUGUCUCAUCUGCAAGGACCAGGUCCAGUCCAGAACCAAGAUCGAGGAGUGUGUCGUGUGUUCUGACAAGAAGGCUGCCGUGCUCUUCGAGCCCUGCGGUCACAUGUGCGCUUGUGAGAACUGUGCCAGCCUCAUGAAGAAGUGCGUACAAUGCCGGGCUGUUGUGGAACGCCGCACGCCCUUCGUCCUGUGUUGUGGAGGGAAAGGUAUGGAGGAUGAUGCAGCUGAUGAUGAUGAUGAUGAUGAGGAUGAUGAGGACCUUACAGGUAGCUCUAACUCAGCUCUAAUGGCAGGGGGGUCGCAGCAGGAUCUGCUCCAGCCCAACAAUCUGGCGCUAAGUUGGUCCAGCGGUAACAUCCCGGCCAUGCAGAGAGACAAAGACAACACCAAUGUCAACGCUGACGUUCAGAAGCUGCAGCAACAACUGCAGGACAUCAAGGAGCAGACCAUGUGUCCAGUGUGUCUGGACCGGCUGAAGAACAUGAUCUUCAUGUGUGGCCACGGCACCUGCCAGCUGUGUGGUGACCGCAUGAGCGAGUGCCCCAUCUGCCGCAAGGCCAUCGAAAGACGCAUCCUCCUCUACUAGAGUCCCAGGCUUCAGUCUCGGCCUACUACAACACCACCCCCCAUCUACAACCAACCACACCAGCUGCUGCUCUCUCAUCUAUCUUAUCUUCACUGCUCCCCUCUGUGUCUGCUAGCCCAGCCCAGCGUAGGGCGUCUUUACGUCUUACAACCAGAAAACAUAGACUUUAGCAUUACAAUUGUGGCUCCUCUUAAAAAUGGAAACCUUGUUACAAAAAAAAGCUAACAUAUUGUUUUGAGAGAACCUUGGUGUGGUUGUAUCUCAGCUAAAAGCCUGUAGCAGACUGUAGUCUCUUGAUUCCCUUGUGUCAGGAAAAUUGCUUUGUUCCUCAGAAUGCCCUUUCGCCUUUCUUUCUCUCUCUCUCUCGCUCUCUUACUAUUCCUGUUAUCAUGAUAUCUGCGGUGGGGUUCUUGGCACACAGCCCUGUCGUGUUGGACUCUUGGCCUUGGGAAAUGUAAAUGCCCGGAAGACUCAACUCUUCUUCUGUUGAAGGACUGCCUCAAGCUAAAUCUGAAGGCCAUUUAUCAUUGAUUCUACAACAAAACAAUUUUUAACAUUGUACUGAGAACAUUGGUGUUGUAUCUCAGCUAAAAGCCUGUAGCAGACUAGUCUCUUGAUUCCCUUGUGUCAGCAAAAACUGCUUUGGGCCUCAAUGCCCUUUUCUCUCUCUCACACUCUCUCGCUCUGUGUCGCGCUCGCUCUCUGUGUCGCGCUCGCUCUCUGUGU